UCAGGCCGUCAACACUUACAUUCGAAAACAUUAAGAAACCCUUAGCUCUCGUUUCCCUAAAUUGGCGCCUAAAUCAAUCGUUAGAGUUGCAGAGGAAUUUACUUCCCAAAAACCCUAAAAGCUACUGCCUCCGCAUGGAAGGCCAGCGGUUUCUAGAAACCCAAAAAUCAACUGCUCUUCUUCGCUGAGACACUUCCAAUGGAGUCUCUAACUUUUAAAUCCGCAGCAAACUCACUGUAUUUUCAUUCACCCAAGCAUUCGUCUAUUAAAGCUUCUCGUCUGCAAUUCUUCCGCUCAAGCUCUACUGCUCCUUAUCAUUCCUUUCUUCCAGAGAGGCAUGCUUCACUCUCACCUUCUAUUGGGUUGAAAUUGCAUGAAAUAUGUGUCAACCCCAUUAUGGCCGUCCAAGAUGCUAGCUUGGCAAGCGAACCCGUUGCUAUAGUUAUUGAUGGAAAGUCAAUUGCAAAGCAAAUUAGAAAUGAAAUUGCAGUUGAAGUAUCUAGGGUGAAAGAUGCACUUGGCAUAGUUCCAGGGUUGGCUGUCAUUUUAGUUGGUUCAAGACCGGAUUCUCAAACUUAUGUUCGAAAUAAGAAGAAAGCUUGUGAAGCUGUGGGCAUUACAUCUCAAGAGGUUCAUUUACCUGAAGAUUCUUCAGAAGAAGAAGUUCUCACUGCUGUAUCACGUUUCAAUGUUGAUCCUACAGUUCAUGGCAUUCUUAUUCAACUUCCCCUUCCAAAGCAUAUGAAUGAAGAGAAAAUUGUGAAUGCCGUUAGCAUUGAAAAAGAUGUAGAUGGCUUUAAUGAGUUGAACAUAGGACGGCUUGCUAUGCAAGGCAGGGCACCAUUAUUUGUUCCAUGCACCCCCAAAGGUUGCAUAGAGUUGCUAACUCGGUCUGGCAUUAAGAUUGAGGGUAAACGAGCAGUAGUUGUUGGCCGAAGCAAUAUUGUUGGAACCCCUGUUGCCCUUCUGUUACAGAGGCAUAAUGCAACUGUGAGCAUUGUGCACUCCAGGACCAAUAAUCCUGCAGAAAUCACAAGGGAGGCAGAUAUUGUCAUCGCAGCUGUUGGAGUUGCAAACUUAGUGAGGGGCAACUGGAUAAAGCCUGGUGCUGUAGUGAUUGAUGUUGGGAUUAAUGCAGUGGAUGAUCCAACCAGUCAACGAGGAUAUCGGCUGGUGGGUGAUGUAUGUUAUGAAGAGGCAUGCAAGAUUGCUUCAGCUAUAACUCCAGUUCCUGGAGGAGUGGGCCCGAUGACCAUUGCUAUGCUUCUAUCAAAUACCCUUGCCUCUGCCAAAAGAUUGCACAACUUCCAAUAGUGUGAUGGGUGUGCACCUAAAGUUUUCUGCACUCGAGUGGUAUUGUGACGUCGGUUUUCCUAUUUAAUGUUUGUUAUACAUCGAUCCUGUUUCAAGUGUUCAGAAUUCAGUUGAGAAAUAUAUGAAAAUGGUGAUCUGAAAAUUUUGUUGCAAA